GUGCGCCGAGCUCGAGGCCGAGCGGAGCGGAGCUGUGAGGUGCCAGCGCGGAGCCGGCUAGCUGGCAAGCAGGCGGGCCGGCGGGCGCGAGGCGGAGCGCGGGCGGCGGGAGAAGCUCGAGGGCGGAGGGCGGCGGCGCGAGUGCUCGGCCCGGGCCUGCGGGAGCCGGAGACCGCGGCGGCGGCGGCGGCGGCGGCUGCGGCUGCUGCCAGAGGAGCCGAGGGGACACCGCCCUGCCCGCGCUCUGCCGCAGGCCAUCUCUGCUCCCCCGGGACCCCGCGCGGACUCGCCUCCGUGAAGUGUCACGAUGUCUGACCGGAAGGCAGUGAUCAAGAACGCAGACAUGUCUGAGGACAUGCAACAAGAUGCCGUUGACUGCGCGACGCAGGCUAUGGAGAAGUACAACAUAGAGAAGGACAUUGCUGCCUAUAUCAAGAAGGAAUUUGACAAGAAAUAUAACCCUACCUGGCAUUGUAUUGUGGGCCGAAAUUUUGGCAGCUACGUUACACACGAGACAAAGCACUUCAUCUAUUUUUACUUGGGUCAAGUUGCAAUCCUCCUCUUCAAGUCAGGCUAGGUGGCCGCAGUGAAGGUGUCGGUGGCGGCAGCAGUGAUGGCAGGCAGGCGGCCUUGCUGGGACUGUUUUGCACUGGGGCCAGCAUCAGGAUGUCCUCUCCAAUGGCUGUGCUACUGCAUGGACUGUAUACUCGAUUUCAUGUGUAUGUCGCAGUAAACAAAACCAAACUUCUUUCUGUUUAGUUGCCUGUGGAAGAAGGCUGCUUUACGUUUAUUUUUCAAGACUUAAAUUUUUUUUUUUUUUUUUUUUUUUGGUUGUAUUGCACUAGGAAAUCUCUCCCACCCCUCUCUUUUCUCUUUCUCUCCUAUACAAAUAAAAAGCCCUCAACAAAGCCUGUGAGACUAGGAGGGCUGGGGAAAGGAAAUAGGUUUCUGGAGGUGGAACUAAAACUGUAGCUGCUUCUUCCUGGUGGUGGAUGCUGCUUUGGGAGGGCCAGGGAGGCUGCACGGGGGACAGUGUUAGGAUUGACAAGGGGAGAGGGAUAGGAAGGAGAGUAGGGAGAUGGAUCUAGUACCAGGGAGAAUAUUCCACUGAACUGUGAUUCCACGCCUUGGGGCAGAGGGUGGGGCAGGGGCUGGAUUCUUUAAGGGGCCCUGAGACGUGUUUGUCUGUGAUGUGUGGGCGUGGGGAGCAGACUUCUCUUGCUGUCUUUGUCAGAAGAGUUUCUGAGUGAGGGCUGUGUCUUUUAUUCUUUUAUUCUUCCUGCCAGAGCUCAUGCUAGGAGGAUGUUGAGGGUGGGAUUAGCUUGAUUUUUUUUUUUCUUUUCAUUCUUCUCUCCUCCUGUCUGCUCCCUGCUUAGCUCUCUGUUUUCUCAUUCCUCCAGAGUUCUCUUAGAGCAGCCCCUGGUAGUUGGCUGGCAAGGGAAUUUCUGGUGACUAGUUCUUAGUUAGGUCUUAGCAAUCAAACCAAAUCAGUGUGUCCCUUGAUUUUCCUCUGUAUAUGUGUGUGAGUGUGUGUAUAUCUUGGUUUGGGGUAGAGGGGAGGGAGGGGCAGGACUGUGGAAUCUCUAAGGUCUGUGGGUAGACAAGUGGGCCUUUAUGUUAAAAACCUCUGGGGGCCUCUGUUUUGGGGGUGAAGACGGGUAUCACCCUGCCCCCCCUCAGCCAUCUGGCCUUGACACUGCUUGCCCUAUGGCUGUCUGCUCCCAGGAGGGCUUUAGGAGGAUAGUCCAGGAUGAGGUGGUCAUGCUACCAUCCGUCCUGGAGCUGGGUCUCAGUGGAGAGGGAAAGUGACUUUGUGCAUGGUGGCAGCCUCUUGUGGGAGGCCGGGGUGGAAGUGUGAUAAAGGGCUGUUGAGGGGCUUUGGGGGAACUUUGGAGGUCAGUCUUGCAGUGGUGAAGCCAGGAAUCGGGGGAUGGAACAGGACCGCUAGUGGGAGGAGAUUCCAAGGGGAGUGCUCGGGAAAUCUUGUCUGUGGAUCAAACAGUGAUGGGGUGGGGGAUGGGGUGGGGGGAGUCAUUACUGAUUGAGCUGUUGAUUCUUGUAGAUCGCAUUAAAAACUCUCAUGUGUAGGGUUGAUGCUGUGGAGGGGGUUUGGGAUCCAGCUCAUUCUCUCUUUUUUUUUUUUUCCAAGUUCAUCCUAGAGGUUGGUGAGGAGGCAGGAGAAUGCCCCCUUCUCAAGCCUUUUGUGUGUGCUGAGCUUUCUUUUUGAUGUUGACAAGGGAGAGUGGGGACCGGGAUGGUGAGUGAGUUCCCUAUAUAAAACCCUUUGGUGUUGAGUUUAGGUUUAUUUUUUUAUGAGUGUCCAGAUCUGUUUCCCCCUGCCCUCCCAGACUUGUGUGGCCAGUUGGAAAUGUCUGGUUUGUGUUCAUCUCUCCCUCAUUUCUGGAGCAGGGGCUGAGACCCUGCCACAUCUCCUGUGCUCUGCAUCCACGCCUCUUUUGGACAUUAAAGAUCGAUUGAUGCACUUCUGA